AGGCGAUGGGGGCGGCGGCGGCCGGCGAUGAGCGGCGGCGCGCGUGAGGAGCCGGCGGGCGAGGCUGGGGGCCCGGAGCGCGAGCCGCAGGGCGGAGGGCGGGGCGCGAGCGCAGCGGGCGGCGGCGAGGCGGCGGCCGAGAAGAUGGCGGACGGCGACAGCGGCAGCGAGCGCGGUGGCGGCGGCGGCGGGCCCGGCAGCUUCCAGCCCGCGCCCCGCGGCGGCGGAGGGCCUGGCGGCGAGCAGGAGACGCAGGAGCUGGCCUCGAAGCGGCUGGACAUCCAGAACAAGCGCUUCUACCUGGACGUGAAGCAGAACGCCAAGGGCCGCUUCCUCAAGAUCGCCGAGGUGGGCGCGGGCGGCUCCAAGAGCCGCCUCACGCUCUCGAUGGCGGUGGCCGCCGAGUUCCGCGACUCGCUGGGCGACUUCAUCGAGCACUACGCGCAGCUGGGUCCCAGCAGCCCGGAGCAGCUGGCGGCGGGCGCCGAGGAGGGCGGCGGGCCGCGCCGCGCGCUCAAGAGCGAGUUCCUGGUGCGCGAGAACCGCAAGUACUACCUGGACCUCAAGGAGAACCAGCGCGGCCGCUUCCUGCGCAUCCGUCAGACGGUAAACCGCGGCGGUGGAGGCUUCGGCGGGGGACCCGGGCCCGGCGGCCUGCAGAGCGGCCAGACCAUCGCGCUGCCCGCGCAGGGCCUCAUCGAGUUCCGCGACGCGCUCGCCAAGCUCAUCGACGACUACGGGGGCGAGGAUGACGAGCUGGCCGGCGGCCCGGGAGGCGGCGCCGGCGGCCCUGGGGGCGGCCUGUACGGAGAGCUCCCGGAGGGCACCUCCAUCACGGUGGACUCCAAGCGCUUCUUCUUCGACGUCGGCUGCAACAAGUACGGGGUGUUCCUGCGAGUGAGCGAGGUGAAGCCAUCCUACCGCAAUGCCAUCACCGUGCCCUUCAAGGCCUGGGGCAAGUUUGGAGGCGCCUUCUGUCGGUAUGCAGAUGAAAUGAAAGAAAUCCAGGAGCGACAGAGGGAUAAGCUUUACGAGCGACGCGGUGGGGGCAGCGGCGGUGGCGACGAGUCCGAGGGUGAGGAAGUGGAUGAGGAUUGAAGCGGCAGCUUCCCGUACUGGCCUCCCCCACCCCACCACCAUCCCCUUGGCUAGAGAGUUCCCUUUCCUACUCGUCCCCAGUGAGCUAGUGGAGAGGGAUCAGGGGAGGCCGCAGACGAAGAAAACAAAAAAUAAAAUAAUAUAGUUAAGAGAAAUAACCAUAAGAAAACAGUCACAGACAAUUAGAGAAAAGCAGUUAAGUUCCAAGGAACUGCCAGCAACCUGCAAAGAGGACAGCAGCAUCUCCUCACCUGCGCAAGAGUCUCAGCUUCUGUUGUUUAAAACCGAGGUUCGUAAAUUCAUCAGGAAAACAUUGGAGGGGAUAGAUCUUCGGACGUCUGGGACCAAAACCACAUCUGGGUUACCCAGACUCAUCAUUGGCGAUAGUUGAAUUUGUGUUGUAGCUGGGUAAUCUGGUCUUAGGAGCCCUCCAGGCCUCACUACUGCAGCAUCUAUCCCUUCACCUCCAUCGGCAUUUUGGAUCUAGGUCUUAAUGGAAUCUUUGAGAAGAAAGAGGCCUUUGCAGUUACCCGGUUCUGAGGGUACAAGUUUAUGAAAAGGAAUGCAACUUUACACAAUCAUGGACAGGGCAAGAGAAGAAUGCAAGAAGCCAUUGGAGAAUUCAAAGAUUGGAUCCAUUUUAAAAAAUGGUUUUGCAUGGAACCUGGACCAAGGCCCCUGUCUUUUCUUUGCAGAAUUGUUUUCCGGGAUGCAAAUGAAUUCAGAUAUCAAAGCUUGAACUAGAAUCCAUUACUAAAAUAGUUUAAAAGUUGGCAAAAAAAAUUUUUUCCAAAACAAAAGCAAUUUUUACAAUGGGGAUUGCUGAGGUAGGCACAAGAAGUCAGGCAUAAAGCACAAGGUGGACUGUUUGAGUGGAUUGGUUGCUGCUCACUAAAGUUCUUCCCUUGAUCUCUUAAGUAUGGAGGUCAUUACCAAGAAAUGGCUUAGCGUGAGUGAGAGCUGGAUCCCAAUGGCUCCACGGUAAGAGCUAGUGAAUUAUGGCUAAUUCGGCUGUUACAGCCACUGGCUGGCUGCAUUUUAAACCUUAAAACUUGACUAUCUGCAAAAAGGAACUGUGGCCACAACUGAGCUUUAAUGAGAUACACAUCCUCGCAGAGAAGUUGGAAAUAACCAGAACUGAAGUCUCAGUUCACCUUCAGUUUCAUCUCUGGAUUUACUGAAUACUGACGAUCGAUCCUCAGGUCCAGAAUUCCAGCAUCAUUUAUUCUUUUAAAAUAAAUUUUUAAGAACUUGAUCCAUCAUAUUCAGUACCUCACAAUCAAAGUUGGCAAAUGGUGGAUGAAUGAUUCAAGCAUUGCACCCGGUGGAAGCUGAAUCCAUCUGUGAAUGGAACUGAAGUGAACACGAAUGCUGACUCUAUCCUGGAAGCAUUUUUAUACCAUCUUGAAAUUUCAACAAACUGGCAUUUGCCGGUUUAUCCAGCUGUCUUUCAAGAAUAAAAGUUGGGGUUUUCAAGGAUCGCCUCUUCUAUAUUUUAAAUGGAUUUUCAGUAUAAAUGAUUUUUCUAAUCAAGUUAAUCCCACCCCAUCAAAAGGUAUUCCUAGAGAUGUCAUAGACCUAGGCAACUUUGAAUUGAAUGGGAGCUAAUGCUCUUUCCAAAGUUUUCAGGUAUCUGUGUGACACCUUCUCAAGAACCAGGAGGCAAGUAACCCCACCUCCACAAUCUGGGUAUUUUUUUUUUAACUGCAUGCCUGCCCUUUAUUUGAGCUGCCUUUUUAAUUUAUUGCAUAUCCUUUUUAUUAUCUUAUUUUGGUAUUCAAUCUAUACAAUCUUUUUGUAUUUAUUGGGAAAUAAGUAAUAUACAAAAAGGUCAUUUUUGUGUCUGUGGCUGAGAGGGAGGGAAAUAUUUGUGUAUAUAAAAUUAGGCUUUUAAAAAAUAGACUGAUUCAGAAUAUUGUUGAUCUUAGACUUAAAAAUGGAAGAGCCACAAACAUUGGUGCCCUUACAGACUAUUUCUCUACUCUCAUCAUCCACAGUAGAAUUUUUAAACAGAUUUUUUUAAAGCUUUUCUUUUAAAUUUUUCUCCGUUGCAAAGAAUGUUUCCUAAAUUGUAUGGGAGCAAUAGUAUUUUUUGAUGUUCUAAUGACAUCCGUAUACUUGUACUGUAUUUUGUACUACAAGGCAGCUGUUUUCAAUAAUGUCCUGCUGUAUUUACCUAUGUGUUUUGAGUGUUUGUUUCUUUGCUGCGGAGAACAAAUUCCUACUUUUAGUAAAGGAGCUGAGAAGCUGGCAUUAGGUUUGCAGAAACUGUUUAUAGUUUCAAACUCUGAGGCAGCAAUGAAAAUUGAGGUUGCAGCUAUUGUUGACUGCUGUAACGUUUUCAUUUUGGAGUCCUGUAUAUUCCUGUAUAGACCAACUCGCUUUCUUGCUUCAGCGGUGGUUCUGUUGCUCAGCUGCAGUGAGCCAGCUCAAUUUUGCAAAGGUGCAGUACCUCUCCUUUUCAAGGGGUUGGUUUUUGUUUUUGUUUUCCUUUUUUCUUUUUAUUUGGCUGAAUUGCAGUAACUAGCCUUGCCUUUCUAUUCUGUAGAAAUGACAGGGUCUUCACAAUCCUUCACCAGUGGCUACUAAGCUAUAAUUAGCUGAAUAGAAAGAAUGUGGAAGUGGUCUGAGGCAUAUAGAGCAUAUGCCAAGAACACUACCAUAUAUGGCAUCAGCUUUGGUUACCAGAGAAAUUUUCUUAGUCAUUAGACCAUAUAACAGUAAUAUAUCAUAUGUAAAUCUUUAGAUUUCAAUUUGAGAAUCCUCCAAAAAAAGGAGCAAAGAAUGCAUAAGCUAUGUGUUGGCAAAAGUAAUUUAUAUUAAAAUUUUGACCUGCCUUUGUAAGAUUAAGUGGUAAAUGUCAUAGUGGUGGGUUUUUACGUCUUAACCAAUCUCUGAGGUUUAUUUCUCCUGCAGGGGAUGGUUCAUGGCCUCUCUUCCCACUGUAGGAAGAUAGCAGAAGGAUGAGGAUUAAUUGUAGCAUUUCACUGAUCCUCGUCCCAGGGACUAGGGACAAUAGAAAUCUGCAAACAUGGAGAGUCCGUCAUAAAUAUUUGCUUUUUGAAGGUGUUGGUCUUUGUUGCUUUCUGUCAGAAAAUGGCAUUGUACAAAUUAUGGGAAGCAACCAACUUUUCUGUUCUGUUUUUGAAGUGCUACUAUGAACCAUUCAGAGUCGUAUUUUUUUUUUCUUUUAAAUUUGGCAGAUAUCCCAGCUAAUGAAAAUAGUCACAUUCCUGAGAAGUUGGAGCUAGAACUCCAAUUCAAAUUAUUGUUGAGAUGUUUCUCAGGCUACUGUAUAUAGAAAUAUGUUUUUAAGAAAAUCAAAGAGAGGAGAAAAAAAAAAAACCUAUGCAGAGACCCUACUACUUUGUGGUUUCUAUUGUCCCUAUACAUCA